AUGGAGGAGUCCGUCGCUGCCGGCAAGAUGCUUAACCAGGAGCAGAAGGAGCUCAUGCACUCCAAGCCCGUCAUCGCCGCGCUCAUUGACGAGCUUGAGCGCCUCCGCGUACCACUCUCCACUGCUCUCACCAAGGAGCUCUCCACCGUCCCUGCACCUGCUGCUGGUUCCUCAUCCUUUGGCUCCGAUUUGUCCAUCCAGGACCUCCUCGCGCUCAUCUACUUCGGCUCCCUUUUUUAUGUCAAGUCACCGAACGAGUUCAUCGCCACCAUGGUUGCGCGCAAGAACGAACGGAGCAGCUGCAUCACCCACGGCUACGUAUGGGAUGAUACCGUGGACCUGCUCGUGGAGAACGACCUUGACGCAGUGUCUGCUGUGGCGGCCCUUGCCGCGGCUCGCCCUUCUUCCGCAGAUGGUGUCUCCCACCAUGACGCACUCCAGGCCUGUGCCCAUCAUGCCCGCCUAUGGCUAACCCGUGCUGAUGCGCCGAUCCACCCUGGCUCCUCUGUUACAUAUGCUGCGGUGAGGUCCAAGUUAGACAGGAUCAUGGCAUCAGACUACUACACAGCACCUGCAGUUGCUGGGAACCAUGGAGCUGAAGGUCUGCAGGCACAGAUGAGCAUGACCGACUCACCAGAGGCACCAUCACUCAAGGAGACCCUAGCUGCUGAAAAUCACAAGGAGGACGAGGAAGAUUCCUCGCAUGCCANUUUUGUUAUUAUAGAACUACGGAGUAUGUAA